GACGGCGAACUUCCGGCGUGACUUCAGUCUCUGCAGCUUCACGCGCAAAGAGGGAUGAGAGAGAGACCCGCACACACACAGAAAGAGAGAGAGACAGAAAUGGAGUUCAACUGAGCAACAAAGUAACGGAUGAGCCGCAGCACUUGAAAGGCCGGCGGGCGGACGCUGGGAACGAAGCGCAGAGGGAGAUCGCGGCUUGCAGACGAUAGUUUUAUUCGUGAUCGGCUUUGAUCAGCCCGGAGAUGAAGCUCUUGAAGCCGAGUUGGGUCAAUCACAAUGGUAAACCAAUAUUUUCAGUUGACAUCCAUCCAGAUGGAACGAAGUUUGCCACAGGUGGCCAAGGUGAAGACUCCGGAAAGGUGGUCAUUUGGAACAUGGCCCCGGUUAUCAGAGAGGAGGAUGAGAAGAAUGAGAAUAUUCCAAAAUUGCUUUGUCAAAUGGACAAUCACUUGGCAUGUGUGAAUUGUGUGCGCUGGUCAAAUAAUGGCUUGUACUUGGCGUCAGGAGGUGAUGACAAACUUGUUAUGGUGUGGAAGCGAGCUGCGUUCAUAGGUCCGAGCACAGUGUUUGGAUCCAGCAGUAAACUUGCUAAUGUGGAGCAGUGGAGAUGUGUCACUAUUCUGAGGAGUCACACGGGAGAUGUGAUGGAUGUCGCCUGGUCACCUCAUGAUGUCUGGCUCGCGUCGUGCAGUGUGGAUAACACCAUUGUUAUCUGGAAUGCUCGGAAAUUUCCAGAGAUCGUGACCACUUUAAAGGGACACACAGGGCUUGUCAAAGGCCUGACGUGGGAUCCUGUGGGGAAGUACAUUGCCUCCCAGGCAGAUGACCACAGCCUGAAGGUCUGGAGGACCAUGGAUUGGCAGCUGGAGACCAACAUCACCAAACCGUUUAGUGAAUGUGGUGGCACCACACAUGUACUGAGGCUAAGCUGGUCUCCAGAUGGUCAGUACCUGGUUUCAGCUCAUGCCAUGAAUAAUUCCGGGCCCACGGCUCAGAUCAUCGAACGUGACGGCUGGAAAACCAACAUGGACUUUGUGGGACAUCGAAAAGCCGUCACCGUAGUGAAGUUCAACCCGAAGAUCUUCAAGAAGAAACAGAAGAACGGCAGCACUCCCAAACCUAGCUGCCCGUACUGCUGCUGCGCCGUGGGCAGUAAGGACCGCUCGCUCUCUGUAUGGCUCACCUCACUUAAGCGGCCCCUGGUAGUCAUCCAUGACCUUUUCGAGAAGUCCAUCAUGGAUAUCACAUGGACUUUAAAUGGACUGGGACUGCUAGUGUGCUCCAUGGAUGGGACAGUGGCCUUCCUGGACUUCUCUCAGGAUGAACUGGGAGAUCCUUUGAGCGAAGAGGAAAAGAACACUAUUCAUCAGAAUAUCUAUGGAAAGAGUUUGGCCAUUACCAUAGAUUCGCAUCUUUCCAGUACAAUCAUUGAGAACCCAGAAAUGCUCAAGUAUCAACAGGACCGGCAGGCAAACCAGAACCCUAAUGGAGCUCAGGGAGGUGGCCUUGAGAGCCAGACACCUAAACUCACUCACAAUGUGCUUAACGGAGAGUCUCUGGAGGACAUCAGAAAGAACCUCUUAAAGAAGCAGGUGGAGACCAGAACCCCAGACGGCAGGAGAAGAAUCACACCUCUCUGCAUCGCGCAGCUCGACACAGGGGACUUCUCGCCAGCAUUGUUUAACAGCGUGCCGAUCCUGCCAGGGUCGUCGGCAUCCACCCAGCUGACCCCUCAGAUCUCUUCAGAUUCCAAUACUGCCAACUCGCUCGGCCUGCGUCCGUCCCACGACCCCUCCACCACCUCUCCAAACAAAACUACAGAAGAAAACAAAGAUGGUGGAGCUGUAAACUCAGUUGGUAUGAAAUCUAAUCUGCUCUUGACGUCCGGUUCCAAGAUCGAGCCAAUGAAAGCACUGGAUUCACGAUUUACUGAGAGGUCAAAGGCCACACCAGGAGUUACUAGUGUACCUCCUACUAUGGGUAUUACCCCACUUGACAGGGCAAAAGACACUAGUUCUGCGAAGGAGCCGAAAGGCAAAGAUGACACCAGCAGCGACAGUGAUGACAAAAUCAUGGUGAAAUCGCUCUCUAUGGCAAAGAGGAAAGGAGAGAUGGAGGGAGCAGAGGUAGUGGAGAAGAGGAAGAAGGGAAGGCCGAGAAAAGAUGCCAAAAUGAUGAUGCCCAUAUCACAGCCCUUUCCACAGACUCCAGUCACGGUGGAGAAGGAACCGUCUCGUGCAGCACCACCUGUGGUGGUGUUAAAACUUCCCACAAUAAAGAAAUCAUUUAGCACUCAGGUGGGCACGGAUUCUAUCACAUAUCUGGAGGUGGAGAACGAGGUGUCCGUGGUGUCUGGUGCUCGUCUCAGUCAGCUCAAAUGGAGCAGAGAAGGCCGAGAGUGGGAUAUACUUCUGCCCAGUCGCAUCAUCGUCGCCACAGGAAGCAGCGAUGUCGUCGCCGUAGCGUGUGAGGACCGAACGCUGUCUGUCUUCUCUUCAUCUGGGCGGAGACUGAUUCCGUCAAUCAUGCUGCCUGCUCCCAUGUCAGCCCUGCAUUGCUCGGGUCAUUUUGUCAUGGCGUUGAUGGCAUCGGCCACACUGUCUGUCUGGGAUCUUCAGAAACAAAGGGCCCUGGUCAAAAAUGAAUCACUGAAUCCAAUCUUAACAGGAACAGAUGCUACAGUAAAUCAGUCUCUCUUGACCCAGCAGGGUGUAGCUGUGGUUGGUUUGUCAAAUGGCAAAACCUACUGCUUCAACUCAUCACUGGAGACCUGGAAUUUGAUCGCAGAUAAGCAGGACUCUCUGGUGCAAUGUGCAGACUUCAGGAAUUGUGUGUCCUCUCAGGAGGCUCUCGGCUCCAUGGGGCCACUCGCCCUCACCCAGGGCCGAAAUUUAAGUGCGGGGCGGUUAGCAUCUCGUCUCUCCUCCGCUCCUCACCACUUACAGCAGGGAAUGACUCUGGCGUUCUUGGAAAACCAGCUUUCCUCCACCCUCAUCCUCCUCUCAGCGAACGAGUACAGACACUGGCUUCUCAUCUAUGCGCGUUUUCUUGUAAACGAGGGUUAUGAGCAGCGGUUGAGGGAGCUUUGUCAAGAGCUAUUGGGACCAGUACACAAAUCCAUUAGCAGCUCCUGGGAGCCCACAGUCCUGGGUCUGAGGAAGAGAGAUCUGUUGACAGAGGUGUUGCCUGUGAUUGGUCAAAACUUGAGGUUCCAGAGACUUUUCACGGAGUACCAGGAUCAGCUUGAACUCCUGCGUCUGAAAUAGCACUUCACCUUUGAACCUUUAAUGUGUCACCCCGACCCCUCCUUCAUCCGUACAUCAGCUUAAUAAAUCAGUCUGCCUUUGCUUUUCCUUACAACGCCUUCUGCACCUCACACAUGGACACUAAUUAUUAAUUCAUGGAUGACAAUGUGUUUUUUUAAUAAUUAAUUUGUUAAAUAACAUUUAUUAAUUAUGAUUGUUAAUGUGACGGCUGUAAGAAAGAGAAGAUGGGAUCAUUUUAGAUCAAGCACAAAGUUUAAAUGGCAGUGAUCUUAAAACUGGAUGUUUUUACUUCUCGGCUUCUAGAAGUUGACAUGACUUACGAUCCGUAUUUUUUUCUCUUUUUGUUUUUCCGGUCAUGCUCUUUCGGUUUCUAUUUGUAAAGUCACUUGUCAUUUAUUUGUAAAUGUUUGUAAAAGGCAAUUUCGUUUAUUCCCGUUUUCUAUAAAAUAAAGAAAAUGGUAAACCUUCAAUUAAAAAUUUACCAGUCUUAAAAAUGUUUUGCU